CUUUAAUUCAAGAUUCCCCCAAACAACAAAGCCUAAUCCUUUUGCAAAUCAUCGAGCUUUCAAUGGAUAAAAUUGAGCACAUCUUCGUGGAAGUUCAUGGCGGCUUGAAAAUCCACGUGGCGGCGGUCGGAACCGGUUCUAAUGUGGUGGUUUUUCUUCAUGGAUUUCCUGAGAUUUGGUACUCCUGGCGCCAUCAGAUGAUUGCUGUGGCUAACGCUGGAUUCCGAGCAAUCGCUCUCGAUUAUAGAGGUUAUGGACUCUCCGAUUCCCCGGCCGAGCCCUCGAAGACUACUUACAAUGAUCUGAUUACCGAUCUCCUUCAGAUUCUCGACACUCUCCAUAUCCCUAAGGUGUUUCUAGUGGGGAAAGACUUUGGAGCAAUGCCAGCUUAUUACUUUGCUAUCAAAAACCCAGACAGGGCAUUGGGAGUUGUGACAAUGGGAGUGCCAUUCUUGCCAAUUAAACCCAAGUUCGAAGAAGGCCACCUCCCUGAAGGCUUCUACAUUUCAAGAUGGCAGGAACCUGGCCGAGCAGAGGCUGAUUUUGGUCGUUUUGAUCCAAAAACUGUUGUUAAGAAUGUGUAUGUGCUGUUCUCUAGAAGUGAAAUCCCAAUAGCUCAAGAACACCAGGAGGUAAUGGAUUUGGUGGAUUCAUCUACCCCUCUUCCCCCUUGGUUUUCUGAAGAAGAUCUAGCUGUUUAUGGAGAGCUGUAUGAGAAAUCUGGAUUUGAAACCGCACUAAAAGUUCCUUACAGGUCAAUUGGAGAAGAUUGGGGAGUGAAAGAUCCAAAACUCGAGAUCCCAGCGCUUCUUAUAAUGGGUGAAAAGGAUUAUGUAUUGAAGUUUCCGGGGAUUGAGGAAUAUGUAAGAAGUGAAAAGGUGAAAGAUUAUGUUCCUAAACUGGAGAUUGUGUUCCUACCUGAAGGAUCCCACUUUGUUCAAGAACAAUGCCCUGAAGAAGUUAAUCAGCUGCUACUCACUUUCCUUGUCAAACAUACUUGAUUUGGAUAUCUCCACAUAAACACUUCAAAAUAAUGAUAUCCAUGUGAACCGUAUGAACCGUGUGUGCGCGCAUGUGCGUAUGUGUUGGCUACUUUUGGACACCACAGUGACUGUCUUUCUAC